GCCUCAGGCCGCCCGCGCGCUGGCGUAGGCGGAGAGCGGCUGGGGCAGGCUCCUCUCCGGCUCCCCAGCAGCAGCGCGGGCUCUGUGUGUGUGUGUGCGCGGCCGCCGGGCGCCCCCCGCCAUGAGGAAGUGGUGCCUCUCCGCGGUGGGGAUCCUGUCCAUGACCCUGCUCGUCGCCAGCGUCUCCCUGCUGGUGGCCCACGUCCUCCAGAGAGUGGUGGACCUGCAAGUGAAAGAGGGAACAGUACUAAAGAAUGGCACAGAAGCCUUUGACCUCUGGGAAGACCCUCCUCCACCAGUCUACAUGCAGUUCUACUUUUUUAAUGUGGUCAAUCCUUUAGAAGUGGUCAAUGGAGAGACCCCUUUUGUGGAAGAAAUAGGGCCGUACACCUACAGAGAGUACAGGCCAAGAGCGAAUGUUCAUAUUUUGGACAAUGGCACCAGAGUCUCUUCUGUGAACCCAAAGACCUAUGUAUUUGAACCAGAGAAGUCUGUUGGAGACCCUGAAGUUGAUCUGAUCCGGACAGUAAAUAUUCCUGCAGUGACUGCAAUGGAAUGGACCAAAUCAACUUCUCUUCGGCUACCCACAGAGAUUCUCCUAAUGUUAUACCAAGAAAACUUGUUUAUGACACACACUGUCCACGAAUUACUGUGGGGCUACAAAGACAAACUUUUGUCAGCCCUUCAUGUGUUUCAUCCUGAGAUUGAUUCAGAGUUUGGCUUAUUUAAUAAGAUGAAUGGAACGGAUGACGGUGAAUAUGUUGUUCUCAGUGGGAAAAUGAACUACCUGAACUUCUCGAAAAUCGUGGAGUGGAGAGGAGAAGAGUCACUGAACUGGUGGACCACAGAGUCAUGUAAUAUGAUUAAUGGGACAGAUGGAAGUGCUUUUCACCCAUUGAUAAGCACAGAUGAAACAAUUUAUGUCUUUUCUUCUGAUUUUUGCAGAUCUCUGUAUAUAACCUUUGAUAGCUUUGUGAGUGUGUCUGGAAUCCCUGCCUAUCGGUUUGUGCCCCCUGAAAAGGUGUUUGCCAAUACAUCAGUGAACCCAGACAAUGCAGGAUUCUGUGUGCCAGCAGGAAACUGCCACGGCUCAGGUGUGCUGAACGUCAGCGUCUGCAAGCAGGGUGUCCCAAUCCUUUUAUCGGCCCCACAUUUUUACCAAGCGGAUGAGAAGUACGUUAAGGACAUACAGGGCAUGCAUCCCAGAAAGGAGGAUCACGAAACAUUUCUGGACAUCAAUCCUCUGACAGGGAUAGUUGUACAAGCAGCCAAGAGAAUGCAGAUCAAUGUUCUUGUCAGAAAACUAGAUGAAUUUAUUGAAACAGGCCGUGUCAGAACAUUGGUUUUCCCCGUGGUGCAUGUAAAUGAGAGUGUUCUGAUUGAUGAAGCAUCUGCCAAAAAACUGAAGAGCGUUCUGUUUGAAGCCACGGUUGUAACCAGCAUCCCCUUCAUAAUCAUGGCAUUAGGAAUUAUUUUGGGGAUUUGUUUCAUUGUGCUCAUAUGCAGGCCCCCUGGAACAAAGGAAGAGGUUAGAGAAGUGUUAAUAGAGCCAGAGUAAGUGCCCCCAAACAAAGCUAUGCAGCCAAUUUAAGAUACGUGGUAAGAGUUCUGAAGAGGAAAGGGCUCCGCUCAUCAGGACAUCCUAAUCUUCAUUUUUUCCCCUUCCCCCAUGUGAGCUUGGUGAAUAAACUAUGCAAGUUGAUCUAAUACCGGACACUACCCGGCAUUCAGCGCCAUCUAAAAACUCUUCAUGCUAAUUAUAAUUAUUUGUAGUACAGGGAUGGAAAAAAACUAAAAUGCUAGUGAAUGAGGAAACUGUUCUCAGCUGCUAAGUAAGUUUUAAAACCAGAUAUUAAAAUGAGUUGAGAUCCUGCUUUAUUAACUAGUGUUUAAUAUUCCCAGUGCUGUUGAAAGCCAUAAAAGCUAAGAACCACUAUAUCAGUGAGAGUAUAAUACCCUGAUUCAUGUAUUAGAAUUAUGUGGGGUAAACUUGUAAUGUGGGCUCUGAAGUCCCUUUUGAAAAUGGAACUUAGGCAUGUUUGAAAAUACUGUCCUGGGUCUGACUUUGUCUUCUGUGUAGAGUACACUUGGCUUCUUAUUAACAGAGUGUAAAUGGAUCAUUUUACUAGUUACCCAUCAUGCCUUUCACCUCCAAAAUUGUUUUGUGAAUCUAGGCCAAAAUGGUAAGUGAGGCCUAUUUAAUCACAUCUAGUUUUCAGUUAAGAAGCCAAGUACUUCAUAGCACAUUUUCGUACAGCACCUUUAUAUGUCCCAGGAUUGUUUGAAAUCCCAUUGUGUGGUAUUAAUACAAUGCCCUGGCAAGUUUUUAAUUUUUAAUUAUUUUUUACAUUGGAAUACAAAGGGUUGGUUAGCUGAGGGUACAAUACAGCGUUCUCCUUUUUCCUGUGUCAGUGUCUCACAAAUAUCUAUUCUGUGGAGCACUGUACAGGCAGACGCUUCAAGGGUAUUUGUAAUUGCAUUAAACAUUUAGGAAACCUA